UGAAUAUUUCGCAUUUGUUUUAUAUUUAAAUAAAUGACGUCUUGAUUUUUAUCAAGACUAAAAAUACAAAAUCCUUAUGUAAAAAUAAAAUAAUAACGUAAUAAUUAUUUUUAUAUUUCCAUUUGAAAAAAAUUAAGUGUCAUUCUCGUGAGAGAAGUUGUUAAAUCAAAUUUGUAAAAAAACAAGGAAAAAUGGCAACAGUUUCAUUACUUACGACAUCACAACCACAUUUGAUACCAGGGUAUACGGGCUUUUGUCCACAAUAUCGCUACAGAUGUGGAAAAACUUAUGGUAAUUUAACACAUGAGCUUCUGUUGGAUCCAACUAUCAACUAUCCUAAGUCAUUGAUAGAUACCAAAAGAACGAAAAACUUGAUAAGACCUACCGAGGAUGAUAUAAAGAUUGUAAAUUCUCGUGUUAAACGUCGAAACGCCGUUUAUGAGCAUCCCAUGGUACCAGGCUAUCAAGGUUUUAUUCCGAAUUUGAACGCUCGACUUGGUCAAAGAUGUAGUGUGAUGGCUACUGAAGGUCUAGCAGACUUUGAACGUAAGCAACUGAAGGACAGAGCUGCGCUGAAAUAUCUCAAGAUGAUUAUAGCACGUCAGAGAGGUUUAACAGAGCCUGGAAACUUUGAAGAGCGUAGUCAUCCAGAAACUGAGUCUAAGUUGCCUUUAAUUACAGCUCACCCUGCUUAUGCAACUAUGAUGAGAGACCAGUCUAUUAAAGAGACAUUGGAAGUCGCUGAGGACAAUUUCAAAAAUCUCAGCAUUUCUUUGUAUUCUCCAGGUUUGAAAGAAUCUAAUAAAUGCAUGCCUUUCUGUGAUGCUCAAACUAAUUUAUCUCCUGUUUCAACGACAAAUAACAUUCUGUGUGAUUUCACAUCAAAUUAUCGAAUACGUCAGAAUACUGAAUGGACACCAGCCACAAUUUCCCGCUCAGAUCCACCAUAUCUCAUUCAAUCGACGGAAAUUUACCAUAAGCACGUUGGAUUAAUUCCAAAUUACCUCGGACAUGUUCCUGGUAUUGCUUUCAGACAUGGUAAAACAUUUGGAGCUGAUACCAGGGAUGCUAAGCGAAGGUUGCAUAGAAAUAAUUAUAUUUGAAACUUUUAGAUAUUUAUUAAAAAUAUAUCUUUGUAACAAUUAACAAAUUUAAAAAAAAAAUUUUUGGUUUUGUUGUAACAAUCUACGAAAAUAAGCACAAUUUUUAUUUUUAUAUCAAAAGUGAGUAACGAAAAUUUAAUAUAAUAUAUCAAUUGAUAGCAUUAUACUACAUACAUUACAAAAAUU